AUGGGCGAUCUGGAUUUUAUACUUAUAAUUUUACUGGUGGCAUCAUUUGCUGCUAACUUUCUGGCGUUAUCUGCGUUUACGACAAGCCACAGCCUACGAAGUACCGCGAAUAGAUUCGUUAUAAACAUGAUCAUCGCAAAUUUAGCCAUUUGCACACUUUUAUUGCCGUGUGCGGUUUUUAACAAGAUAGAUGACUCAAACUCGAGCAAUAUGGAAGCUGUGAAUAGAUCUGAGACGGGUUUGUACGCGUACGAUGUGCUGACGACAAAUCUCUUACAAUGGGGUAGUGAUGUGUCAGCCAGUUGGGGCAGUUUCGCCGUACUUCUAGUGGUGACUGAUACCUGGUGCGCCGUCACGGAUCCACUUAGGUACCAUAGUCGCGUCAAUGCACCGCGCGCCUUCUGCGCCAUAGUAUCGGGCUGGGUCGUAUCUGCAGUGUGGGCAGGAUUAUCUUGUGCUUCGCUAAUUUUGCAAAAUGCAAUAUUCACAGUUUCAUAUUGCAUAACAUAUACAUGUAUUGUAGUAUUUCUGCCAUUUAUUUUACUAAGUGCUAUGUAUUGGAGAAUAUUCUGCGAAGCGCGCAAUAAUGGAAUGCGCAUGAGAAGAAACGGCUCCUCACCUUUGCUCCAGAGCGCGCUCAAUUUGUCUCCAGAAAAUGUUGAAAAAUCAUACUGUAUGAAAGCAUUUUUGAUUCAUCCUGCGCCCAUUCUGAACAAAGACGGCAUACGAAAAAAUAAUAGUUGUAAAGAUUUAACAAUGAUUAAUAACGAGACGCGGAAGAAGUUAUUGAGGCACUCGCGAUCUACACCCGAUCUGAGGAGCAAUUCGAUGCCAGGAAGGGAAACAAAUGAAUUUAUGAGUAAUUUGUCUCCGUUGAUUGUUGGCCAUCGGAGUACAAAUCAAGUAAGCUGCAUGACAAACUUAAGGCACCGGUUAUCGAAUGCUUCGUCAGUUUUUCGAGACAGAGAAGAAAGCAGAGCAGCACGCAUAAGUAUACUAGUUGUCUUUAUGUUCUUGGGAACUUACGUACCGCAUGCCGCUUUGACAUUGAUAAGGGCAGGAUGUGGUAAAUUUGAUAAAAUUGUUCCGCCACUGAGUUCUCGAUAUUCUGCAUGUUUCAUCCUUCUUGCAUCUUUGGCGUCUCCGAUUUUAUUCGCUUACAGAAAUAGAAAAGUCAGGAGAGGUGUUCGAGUGCUGCUAGGUGUAGAUUCCAAAACUAAUGCCAAUCGAAAAGCUAACAAUUACAAAAUAACAAGUAGCAGAGUAUCCAACAGCUCUAAUUAUAGCAAAUUCUUGGUCCCACCUUUGCAAAUGUGCGGGAUGGAUACUCAUGUACAUGAUUAUGCAAAACCAAAAAGAUCUAUAAUUAAAAAAAUUUGUUUUUCUUCGAAAAAUCUGGGAAGCAAAUGCGCGGAUGUCGAAUCCUGCUGACAAGAUCUCAUCUAGUUAUUUGAAGAUAAACCAAAGCUUUUCAUAUUAUUAAAUCAGAACAACCAAUAAAAACAUUAGAAAAUAGUAGUUUUGACAUUCGUUAUAAAAAGUGGGUGCAAACACAC